AUGUCUUGCACUGAAGAAACUGAUGAUCAUUGGAGUUAUUAUAAUCCAUCCAAAUGGCAUGAGCAUUUUCCAGAUGCUAGUGGUACGUCUCAAUCACCUAUUGAUAUUAAGUUUCACGAAACGGUCGCUCAACAAUUUCCACCAUUUGAGUUUUCUCCCGAUCAUCAACGUGAAAUUAACUUUACAUUGACAAACAAUGGUCAUCAAGUUGCUGUAACACUAUCAAAAGAUUCUGAAAAUCUAAAUCAAACGGAUUUAUCUUUUACUGGAGGUGGUUUAACUGGAAAAUUUAAUUUUGUUAAUUUUCAUUUACAUUGGGGCAGAACAGACAGGCAUGGGUCCGAACAUGAAAUUAAUGGGCAUACAUUUCCAGCUGAAGGACAUUUUGUCUAUAAGGAUCUUGAAACUCAACAAACUGCUGUAUUGGCAUUCUUUUUCUAUGUUGUUCGUUCAGAAAACGAGGAAAAUAGUGAAUGGAAAAAAUAUACACAUAUUGCAAGUCUCUUAACAAAUAUCGGUGAUACAAUGAAUUGUGCUUUAAAUUUAAGUCAUCUGAUGCAAAUCGAAAAAAGACGAUUUUUUCGUUAUAUGGGCAGUUUGACAACACCACCAUGCACUGAAGGCAUUAUAUGGACAGUAUUUCUCGAUCCAAUUGGAAUAACUGAAGAAAGCUUAAAUCUACUUCGCAAUAACGUGAUGCGAAGAACCUAUCGACCAGUUCAACCAAUAAAUGACCGAAUUAUUCACAGAAACUAUGGCCAUUGA